UUCUUUCUUUUUUUUUUGUUUGGAGGGGGAUUUCAGAAGAUCUUCCCCUCCCCUCCAAACAUUUUUUUUCCUCCAUCGUGUUUGUGGAAAUGUGGAGAUUUCAGGCAGACAGAUUGAGUGCAUUUGUCUCUGCUUUAGCAGCGCUUUGUCUCGCCUGCUGUGCGCAAAGCCAAUCCACUGGGAAUAUUUCUGUGGUGAAAGAGAUUGUGGACAAAUUGCUGAAGGGGUAUGACGUCCGCCUCAGACCCGACUUCGGAGGUAACCCUGUUACAGUGGGAAUGAGCAUCCAUAUCUCCAGCAUUGACCAGAUUUCAGAAGUCAACAUGGACUACACCAUCACCAUGUAUUUCCAGCAGAGCUGGCGGGACAAACGUCUAGCGUACAGUGACCUUCCUCUGAACCUGACCCUGGACAACCGGGUGGCUGACCAGUUGUGGCUUCCUGACACCUAUUUCCUGAAUGACAAGAAGUCCUUCCUGCAUGGGGUGACAGUGAAGAACCGCAUGAUUCGGCUCCAUCCAGAUGGGACAGUGCUGUAUGGCUUGAGAAUCACCACCACAGCUGCUUGCAUGAUGGAUCUGAGGAGAUACCCUUUGGACCAGCAGAACUGCACGCUAGAAAUUGAGAGCUAUGGCUACACAGUCGAUGACAUUGUGUUUUUCUGGCAAGGAAACAACUCGGCUGUCACAGGGAUGGAGAUGCUGGAGCUGCCCCAAUUCACCAUCAUCGAGCAGAGACUGGUCACCAGAGAAGUGGUCUUCACCACAGGCUCUUAUCUCCGCUUAUCCCUGAGUUUCCGGAUCAAGAGGAACAUCGGUUACUUCAUCCUCCAGACUUACAUGCCUUCCAUCCUCAUCACCAUCCUGUCCUGGGUCUCCUUCUGGAUCAAUUAUGAUGCCUCUGCUGCCCGGGUGGCAUUGGGGGUCACCACGGUGCUCACGAUGACCACCAUCAACACCCACUUGCGGGAGACCCUCCCAAAGAUCCCAUACGUCAAGGCCAUCGACGUCUAUCUCAUGGGCUGCUUCGUCUUCGUGUUCCUGGCGCUCCUGGAAUAUGCCUUUGUCAAUUACAUUUUCUUUGGGCGAGGCCCUCGCCAGCAGAAGAAGCAGAGUGAGCGGCUCAGCAAGGCAAACAAUGAGCGCCAACGAUAUGAGGAGAAGAGGAUGAGGGAGCAGGUUGACCCUUAUGGCAACAUCCUCCUCAGCACCCUGGAGAUGAACAACGAGCUGCUGGCCAUGGACAUGAUGAGCAGCGUCGGCGACUCUCGAAACUCUGUCCUGUCCUUCGAAGGCUCAGGAAUCCAGUUCCGCAAGCAGCUGGCCUCUCGGGAUGGCUUUGGCCACCACCCCACCUUAGACCGCCAUGUCCCACUGACCCACCAUGCUGCUGUCCGCAACCGUGCCAACUGCCGCCUCCGCCGGCGGUCCUCUAAGCUGAAGCUCAAAAUCCCGGACCUGGCAGACGUCAGCACCAUUGACAAGUGGUCACGGAUCAUUUUUCCAAUCACCUUUGGAUUCUUCAACCUCAUUUACUGGUUGUACUAUGUAAAUUGAUGCCUGCGGCCUCCAGGAGCGAUAGGCACAGACACUCAGACAAUGACAACACAGGAGCGCUGUGGUCUUUUGGGUUUGGGUUUACUCUUUUCUCUUAUUAUCAUUUCCUCCUUUGUUUGGUAGGUUUAUUCUAAGCUUACUUUCUCUUUUCAGCACAUUAGAAACACGGAGC